AGCCACGGACUCCAUGAUCUCCACCACAUCGAGCACCGCCGAGAUGGUGACGCAGGGAAAACUCCAGAUCAGCCCUAUGGAAAAUGAUGAAGAAGAUAAGAGAUCGGGGGGCCUGGGCUGUUGUGGCUGGGUGCUGGUCGCCGUCUCCCUCCUGAUCGUGGCCCUCACCUUCCCACUGACUCUCUUUUUUUGUAUAAAGAUAGUGCAGGAGUAUGAGCGCGCAGUUAUCUUCAGGCUGGGAAGAAUCACGGACAGAAAACCUAAAGGGCCAGGCCUUUUCUUUGUCCUUCCCUGCACGGACACCUUCGUCAAAGUCGAUCUGAGAACCGUCUCCUUUGACAUUCCGCCACAAGAGAUCUUGACGAAGGACUCCGUGACGGUCUGUGUGGACGGGGUGGUGUACUUCCGCAUCCACUGUCCCAUCUCAUCUGUGGCCAACGUGUCCAACGCUCACUCCUCCACCCGCCUCCUGGCACAGACCACUUUGAGGAACGUCCUGGGCACCAAGAACUUGGCAGAGCUGCUGUCAGACAGAGAGGGGAUAUCAAUCAGUAUGCAGGAAUCCCUGGAUGAGGCCACAGACCCGUGGGGCAUUAAGGUGGAGCGUGUGGAGAUAAAGGACGUGAAGUUGCCUCUGCAGCUGCAGAGGGCCAUGGCGGCUGAGGCAGAGGCCAGUCGAGAGGCCAGGGCCAAGAUCAUCGCGGCCGAGGGGGAGAUGAAUGCUUCGCGGGCUCUGAAGGAGGCGUCUCUGGUGAUUGCUGAAGCUCCCUCUGCUCUCCAGCUCCGCUACCUGCAGACGCUCAACACCAUCGCUGCAGAGAAGAACUCCACCAUCGUGUUCCCGCUGCCCAUAGACAUGAUCCAAGCUUUCAUGAACAAAUAGUUACGCUUUUACACAGAUCAUUUAGAUCACGAAGAUCCUGCAUGCAUCUACCUGAAGAAGAGUGUAUAUAGAUUUGAGCCAACAGUCUGCUGUAU